GAAGCCGGAAGAGGGCGUGGUCAGCCCCGCCCCGGCAGUCCAGUCAAUCCAGCCUGAAGAGAAGGGGACUGAACGGCUGAAAAUACAAUAGCUAACACAAGAUGGCCGGUUUGCCUCGUAGGAUUGUCAAGGAGACGCAGCGGUUGAUGCUGGAGCCCGUCCCCGGCAUCGCAGCGACACCCGACGACGAGAACGCUCGCUACUUCCAUGUGUACAUCGGGGGACCCAAAGACUCCCCGUUUGAAGGGGGCACAUUUAAACUUGAACUAUUUCUCCCAGAGGAGUAUCCCAUGGCAGCGCCUAAAGUGCGAUUCAUGACCAAAAUUUACCACCCGAACGUGGACAGGCUGGGGAGAAUAUGUUUAGACAUUUUGAAAGACAAGUGGUCUCCGGCCCUGCAAAUCCGCACAGUGCUGCUCUCCAUCCAGGCGUUAUUAAGCGCGCCCAAUCCUGACGACCCCCUGGCAAACGAUGUCGCAGAGCAGUGGAAGAAAAAUGAAAGCAUCGCCAUCGAAACAGCCCGAGCAUGGACCAAGUUGUAUGCGAACAACACUGAAGUAUAGAAGGCAUCUGAAUGUGAUCCACCACAUGUAUUCCGAAACAGCACCUGAAUUUGACUGAGGAAAAAGAGUCCAAAUCUAUUUGAAAGAACAAGAUCUACUGUUGCAAACCUUUUUGGGUGACUUGUUUUCCUUUUGUUAACAAGCGUUUGAUGUGUGUUAGCCUCUUUUUUUUUUGUCAUUUCUCCUCUUCCUCCUCCCCUGUUGUGUUGCUAUUUAAAUGCAUGGACAGAGAAUGACACCCUCCUCACUACAGUCUUAAAAGGCAAAUAACGUGUUCAUAUAGAGUAUCAUUGACCAGGAGCGUACUGGUACGAAAUCAUCAUGCAUUAAAGCUGUCCUACUUUUAAUAAA